CAAGUGUGUAAGUUUAGGAGGUGGGGGUGGCAGGUUGGUUCGCGCGUGACACGUCGAACCCGGCCGGCCUGGGUUCGAUUCUCGGUCAUGGCUAACAUCGGUGGAACUUGAUGAUUCUUUUUUUACCUUUCCCGGGCCUCCUCCGUGUCGGCUCAGCCUUACAUCGCAGCCGCAGCCACGGGAAGCAUCGCGCAUCCCCUGCACUCUCUCUCCGUCUCCUGCGCCCCGAGGUGAGCAGCGGGGACCAGGGACACGAAGGGCACGGGGGGAGGGGCAUCGUGAACAACCCAGGAGCGAGCUGAGCCAGAACCAGCCCACGGUGAUUCCUGGAGCCGCCGCCGCGCCGAUCAUGCGGAUCUUGUGAGCCGGGCUGGGACGGAGGCAUUCGGGGUCCCCUUCGCAGAGCUGCCGCAGAGUGAGCGAGGGUUCCUGCCUAGCGGAGACGGACGAGGCGAGAAGAGUCUGCGAAGAACGAGCGAAGAGGGGGAAGGAGUGAAGCGAAAAAACUCUUUGCUGUUGAGGCAGGGAGAGAGGAGGGUGAAAGGAGGCCCGAGGGGCCAAGUGGACAUCGAGCGCGCUCAUUCGUGACCCCCCCGCCCCCCAUGCCGCCACCCGCGCGCACCAUGCCGGCCUCACCGCGGCCGUCCGCGUGGCUCUGGCUGUGCGCUCUGGGGCUGCUCCUGAGUCACGCCGCGCGGCCCUCGCUCGCCGCCGUCUUCACGAACCACUGGGCCGUCAAGGUGACGGGUGGGACGACCGAGGCGGACCGCAUCGCCAGCAAAUACGGCUACAUGAACCUGGGCCAGAUCGGCUCGUUACGGGACUACUACCACUUCCACCACAGCAGGGUGAUGAAGCGAGCAACCGUGAGGAGCCGCGGGGCCCACACCUUCAUCGAGGCAGAGCCCCAGGUGGAGUGGGUGGAGCAGCAGGUGGUGCGGAGGAGGAGCAAGCGCGACUUCAAGACGGUCUCCGUGGCAACGCUCCUCUUUAACGACCCCAAGUGGUCCAGCAUGUGGUACCUGAACUGCAGUGACAGAGGCUACAACUGCCGCUCGGACAUGAACGUGAUGGCGGCGUGGCGGCGCGGCUACACGGGCCGCAACGUCGUGGUCACCAUCCUGGACGACGGCAUCGAGCGCAACCACCCCGACCUCGUCGACAACUACGACCCACUGGCGAGUUACGACGUGAACGGAGAUGACCUGGACCCCAUGCCUCGCUACGACAUCAGCAACGAGAACAAGCACGGGACCAGGUGUGCCGGGGAGGUGGCGGCCACGGCGAACAACUCGAUCUGCGUCUCCGGAGUGGCGUACAACGCGCGGAUCGGCGGCGUGCGCAUGCUGGAUGGCGAGGUGACGGACAUGGUGGAGGCCACGGCGCUCAGCGUCAACCCGCAGCACAUCGACGUGUACAGCGCCAGCUGGGGUCCCGACGACGACGGUCGCACCGUGGACGGGCCGGCCACGCUCGCUCGCCGGGCCCUCGAGACCGGCAUCCGCAAGGGCCGGGGCGGUCUCGGAUCCAUCUACGUGUGGGCCUCGGGCAACGGCGGGCGCAGCCGCGACCACUGCUCGUGCGACGGCUACACCAACAGCAUCUUCACCAUCUCCAUCUCGAGCUCCACGGAGAGCGGCAAGAAGCCCUGGUAUCUGGAGGAGUGCGCCUCUACGCUGGCCACCACCUACAGCAGCGGCGAGGCCUAUGACCGCAAGAUCAUCACGACGGACCUGCGGCAGAAGUGCACGGACGGCCACACGGGCACCUCGGCGUCUGCGCCCAUGGCGGCCGGGAUCAUCGCCCUUGCCCUCGAGGCCAACCCCGGGCUGACGUGGCGCGACGUGCAGCACAUCGUGGUGAAGACGUCGCGCUCAAACAACCUCCACGCUCCCGACUGGAAAACCAACGGGGCCGGACACCGGGUGAGCCACCUGUACGGGUUUGGGCUGAUGGACGCGGGCGCCAUGGUGAUGGAGGCGGAGAAAUGGCGGCCGCUGCCACCGCAGCACGUGUGCGUCGAGUCGGCGGAGCGCAGCAACCGGCUCAUCCGAUCGAGCCAGACCCUCACGGCCGUGCACCAGGCCACGGGCUGCGCCGACAACGCGGUGCAGCGCGUCGUCUUCCUGGAGCACGUGGUGGUGCGCGUCACCAUCUCCCACCCGCGUCGCGGCGACCUCUCCAUCUACCUCACGUCGCCCUCCGGCACCAAGUCCCAGCUGCUGGCCAAGAGGGCCUUUGACAACUCCCAGGAGGGCUUCAAGAACUGGGAGUUCAUGACGUCGCACUGCUGGGGAGAGAGAGCGGCCGGCACGUGGACGCUGGAGAUCCACGACAACCCCUCCAACUACUUCCGCAACCCCCGCGUGCUGGGCAAGCUGAAGGAGUGGUCCCUGAUCCUGCACGGCACGGCGGAGCCCCCCUACACGUGGCAGGGCGGCGCGGGGGGCCCUGCAGGGAAGGUGGAGCGCGACCGCUCGCCCGAGCCGGCCAACCCCACGGAGCACGCGGCGACGGCGCACGAAGCCGAAUACGAGGACUACUCGGAGGAGACCGAGUACAGUGCAGGGCUGUGUCAUGCGGAGUGCGACAGCCAGGGCUGUGACGGCCCGGGCGAGGACCAGUGCAUGAGCUGCGCCCGCUGGAGCCUGCGGCUGCGUGGCGGCGGGAGGAAGUGCCUGUCGGAGUGCCCGGUCGGCUUCUUCGGCGACGGCGACACGCGGCGGUGCCGGCGGUGCGCGCGCGAGUGCCGGGCGUGCUCCGGCGCCGGCAUCGAGCGCUGCUCCGAGUGCCGCACCGGAUACUUCCGGCAGGAGGGGCCGGGCCCGCAGUGCGUGGCCGCCUGCAGCGACGGAUUCUACCUGGACACAGCGGCAAUGAUGUGCCGGCGGUGCACCGAGAGCUGCGAGCGCUGCGUGGGGGCGGCCGAGCGCUGCACGAUGUGCCGCAACGGGCUCAGCCUCCACGGCUCCAUGUGUGUGCCCAAGUGCCAGGAGAGGACCUACUUCAACCUGCAGGAGACGCGCUGCGAGCCCUGCCACCCGUCGUGCAACACCUGCGCAACCGGGGGGGAGUACUCGUGCCUGAAGUGUGCGGCCGGCUACCUGAGGCAGGACGGGAUCUGCGUGCCGGACUGCAGCCCCAGCUACUACCGCGAGGAGGUGGAGGAGGGCGCCGAGCCCAGCUGCGACAAGUGCGAGGUGAGCUGCGUGACGUGCAGCGGACCCACGGAUCGCAGCUGCACCAGCUGCAGCGAGGGCCAGAGCCUGGAGGCCGGGGCGUGCGUGGCCGUGUACACCUGCCGCGACUCGAGCGGAGAGACGGUGAACACCAGCUUCUGCUACCUGGUCAAGGUGAACAACCUCUGCAGCAGGAAGGUCCUUGCAGCAGCUCUGCUGCAGGACCUGCUCCAACCUCGGCUAAGUCAAGCGGCCCUGCUGCCCGCCGUCGUCCCUUGGCCCACCGUCGCUCGCCGGCUCCACCCUCGGCCACCUCCACCGGUCGUCGCGGGGCCCGGUCCGGCGUGGGGCGUCCCACUUCCCCCGAGGGUCGAGGGACGUCUCCUCGGAUUGUCCGUGGUCUCGUCGAGGCUUUCCCCUGGUUUCCCCGGGGCCUCGUGGGCGGCGGCGGUUUUGUGGGGGCGCGGGGAGGUGACAGGGCCUGCUCUUCCGGCCAGGUUUCACUUCCCGGAGAAUUUUCCUCUCGGCCCUUAAUGGCCAAACUUUACUAAACAACAAAAAACAACACGAGGAAAUGUUUUGAACGGGGUGGAAAUAAAUGGCAAAAGAAAUAUCGGCAACAGCAGCCACGACGGAGCGAGUCGUUAAGGGGUGACGGCCCAGUGGCUCGUUUCUUUCCUUUGCUCAGGUGAGCGCCUCGGAGGGGCCGCUGGGUUGGAGCAGGCAGCGGCACCGGCUGGAGGAGGCCGUUCCGGUGCCGCCGUCGAGCCUGGCCUCUGGCUGGGCCGGGAGCCCUGCCCAGCGCCACGCUGCCCCGUCCCGGCGCCCAGGUGCACGGCGUUCAGGGGUCGGCGGCGGCGGUGGCAGCGCGCAAAAUCGCAAUUCCAUCGCUCAGGGGCGGCUCUGCUCUCAAAUGCGCCAGCUCUCUAAUCACGAUGAUGAUGAUGAUACGUGAUAAUAACCAGGGCUUGAUUCAAGCUGGAGCUGUGUCCAGAGCUGAGCUCUGGGAAAUACCCCACGAGAGAUAGAGCCCUCUUUAUAAUGACGAUUAGAGCAAAAUUUUGGGAGGGGUGUUGGGCGGGGAAAAUUCAAUUGAUGAGGCGGUCAUACAUUGCGCUGUUGCUCUAACCAGGUUUCACCGAAGCGCCAUAUACAUACUUUGUUCUAUAAAUCACGAGGUCAUAAGUAAUCUAGAGCUAGCUGUGAUUUACUCAGAAAAUAAAUCUAUAUAUAUAAAUAUGUAUUGUAUAUAUUUUUUUCUGUAGUGUCCUACAGAGAGCGAGCGAGAGGUGCUCUUCACUGCAUUCCGCUUGUGCCGUCGCUCUGUGGAGCGUGGUUCUGGGGGUGGGGGGUGGUCGAUGUGAAGAGGGGGGUAGGUGGGUGGGUCGCGGAGGGGCCGCCCGCGCGAUGACCUUUCCCCGACCCCCUUUCCUCCCACCGGUCUCCAUUCAAAUCCGAUCGGCACCUCGUGCCCCCACCCCUCGUCUCACGGCAAUCAAAGCCACGGUUCGACUCGCGACUCGGUGUGGCGGGCGGGGGGGUCCCGCUUACCGUGCAGCCAAUUAACUUAUUAAAGUGACGUCAGCUGCACGCGGCAGGGCACAACCAAGUGGCGGACUGCGACGUCCUCGUGUUAGGGGUUCCGCUCUGCUGUAUUAUUUUGGGAGCGUUCACUUCGCGAGAGAUUAAUGCCAAGUACGACGACCAGAUUCCAUUUUUAAUUAUAGCCUUUUUUGUUUAUUAUUAUUUUACAUGUCCGUGGUGUUUGUAUAGAAAAUGUUAUUAUUGUUAUUAUUGUAUUGUAGGUGAAUAUUAGACGAUGUAUUAAUUAGGCUAUUUCACACGAAACUCAAAUAAAUGAAUAAGGUGGUGACUCGA